AAAAAGGACAUUUUAGAGUCGCGCAGACGAUAAAUAACCAGAGGGAGCCAUGCGAGAAAAACAGAAGACCCGAAAGAAAUGAAGCGUGAAAACCUCUGAAACGCAGCAGCAGAGGAAGAACCUUCAUUUCUUUUGCGUUUCUCUCAACCCCUCUCCAUGCUCGAUGGCAACUGAAUUUCUUCCCGCGAAAUCGACCGUUGCAGCCGCCUCAAGAUGUCUUUUAGCCGUUGGAUCUACUAACCUUCUCAUUUCUUCCCGCAAUAUCUACCGUUGCAGCAGCCUCAAGAGGUUUUGAUUGCCGUUGGAUCUCUCCCUCUCUUUCUCACUCUCUCUCAUUUCCUGGUUUUUUCUGUAAAUAAUACUCUUUUAGCAUAUCAGCUUCCUUUUUUGCCUUUUACUGCAUAUAGUUUCUGUACUCUCUCUCUAUCUUUCUCUCUCAAUGAAGCCCGGAGGUAGAAAUUACGAUCUUGCCCAUGCUAAAAAGGGCAACGUCUACGCCGCAAAGCUGGUACGGAAGAGCAAGAAGGGAGCGCUCCGCCGGGGCAAAUAUGUAAAUACUCUCAUCAUCUCCAACGACCGCUGCAGCCCCAGUCGGCAUCAGCACCGUCAAAAUCGUGCUCGCCGAUCUCUGCCGUCCGAUUGCCUCGCUUUGUUGCAGAACCGUGCAAACUUCGACAGGAGCGCCAUCCCUGCCAGGAUCAUGUUCUUCUGCAAUGACAGCUGGACGGAUUUCCCGUCGGACGCGGUGGAGACUCUCAAGCAAGCCUUCGCUUCCGGAAUCCGCACUUCCGUCGUCAAGAUUGACGGGUCUUCUUACGUGGUUGACUUUCUCCGGAUGCUCCAGAUUGAUCUGACGGCCGGGAUCGGACGCUCGAUCGCAUGGAUCGAUGUUGAUGGUAAGUGUUUCUUUCCGGAGGUGUUCAGCGGCGGAGACGAUGGACGUUUUGAAGCUCCUCCUCUUGAGUUGGAAAUUGAGGUAAAAAUCAAAGGUGGGUGGGAUCUCACUGACCAAUCUAAAGCUCAGUCGGAGAAUGGGCCAUGCGAUGAAAGUUCUGGCAGCGAAAGCCGUCGGAUUGAGCAUAGGGAGAGGAUUGGUGAUGUGGGUAAUCAGGGAAUUUCACGGGUGGCUAAUGAAAUUGUCUCCCAUCUUCCGGAUUUGAACCGGAGCGAGGAUGUUGCAGGCAAUUUGAGAAAUUUGAUGGCGGGGAAGGAAAUCACACUGCCUCUACCUUGUCCAGAGGAGAAUCAGGCAGCUGAUGAAAAUUUUGUAAAUACAGUGCAGGAUAAGGAAAUCUUAGCUCUUCCUGGCACCGAGGGGAAGGAAGUCAGCAGUGGUAAUUUGUUAAGUACUACCAAGGAGAAUGAAGGUAGCAAUGUCAAUUUGGUAAAUAAGAAGGAGAAUGAAGCCAGCAAUGGCAAUUCAGUAAAUUCUAACAAGGGAAAUGAGGGCAGCAGUGGCAAAUUGAUGAAUGAAAACAAGGAGAAUGAUGGAAGGAAUGGCAAUUUGGUGAUUGAGAACAAGGAGAACGAGGGCAGCAAUGGCAAUUUGGUAAAUACUAAAAAGGAGAAUGAGGGGAACAAUGGUAAUUUGGCAAAUUCCAACAGCGGAGCGAACCGGGCGCCAGGAAAGAGGAUUUUGGAUUUUGUUGUGAACCCAGAUGAGAAUAAUGAAAGAGAUGACAUGCUUUCAAAACGGGCUUGCUUCACAAGGUUGCCUGAAUUGGGAACAGCCAUUGGUGGGUUGUCCACGAUUCAGAGCCAAGGAAGCCUGGGUCUCGAAUCAGUGGGGAGUUUUAAGCUUGUUAAGCUGGCAGAAGGGAACAGAGCUCAUACUGCUGUGAAGGAUCUGUUCUUGGCAGGCAUGAGAAGAAUCGAUUCUCGGACGAGGGUCAGUUCGGUAUACUGGUGUUCUCACACAAGUCGGAUGGGGAACGCUCGAUUGCAGGCCUUUCAGAGGAAUGCAGAUAUGAUGAAGGCUGCCCGUGGGAAUGCCAAUGUUAGGUAUGCCUGGCAUGGGGCGUCCUCUAAGAUUGUAGAAAGCAUAGUUCUGCAUGGGUUUGGGCACAUCGAAGCACGGACAGGUGCAGAAGCUUAUGGUGUUGGUAUCUAUCUCUCUGCAGAAGGCUACUCGCAAGCAAGUGCAUCUCACUCAGGACCUGAUGCUGAUGGCAAGUUCCAUGUGGUGCUAUGCCGCGUAAUCAUGGGAAACAUGGAGCAAAUUAAUCUGGGAUCCCAUCAAUAUCGGCCAAGCAAUGAAUGUUUUGACAGUGGUGUUGACAAUUUAAGAGAUCCAAGGCUCUACAUUGUCUGGAGAAAUCGCAUGAAUACCCACAUUAUCCCUGAAUAUGUUGUGAGCUUCAGAGUUUCAGAGCAUCUGGGAGAGCUGUGGAGACGGAGGAGACUCGCUCAAGACUCCUGUGCUGUCCCCAUAUGUAUUGGCGCUUUGAGAGAAAUUACAAAACACAGUCCAACUCCAGUACAAGCGGUUAUGCCUGUGGUGCAUCCCUUUCCAUCAAUGUAUGUACAAGGACAAAGAGAGGAAAGAUCUUCCCUUCCAGAUUUGAUACCAAGCAUGACAUUCCCAGACUUGUUCUCUGCAAUAAGAGGACAGCUUCCUGAGUCCAGUAUUGGAAGAUUAGAGAAUGUAUACAAUGACUGCAAGGCAGGAAAGAUUAGAAAAGAUGCUCUGGUCAGCGUGGUGAGGUCGAUUGUGGGAGAUAAAUUACUUAUUGCUGCUAUCCAUAACUUCCGUAACCAGGCUAGCUCUAAUAAUGGAGGGAGAUGAAUGGUGUUUGUGAUUGAUCGACCGGUCUACCAGGUAUGGAUAGGAUAGGGGAAUCCCUUCUUUGGUAUGUAGGAUGAGGUUUCAGUGUGCCUUUCAGGAAACCAGUGGAAAAUGGCGUUUUUGCUUUAAAAGUUUAUAGUGUGACUGUGAAGUUGUUUCUUUCUUAUCUCCAAUCAAUGAAAGUUGCUUUUCUUUUUGUAACCA